AUGCCUCUCACCAUUCCAGCACCCUCCGCGACCAUCGCACGCGCUAUUGUUGAACGUCUACCAGGGUUUGCCUACGCUCAGGGAGCUAAUGUCACGUUUCGCGAUAGCCCACAUCGUGGUGAGCCGGGCAUCUAUGAAGCGCUAAACGGCGAGCUAGCACUAGCCACCCAAGGCACAACCCCAACGCAGCGCUCCUUUCUUGCAGACAUAUUCCAAGGGGAAUUCAGGCGACACGGCGGACAAGACGCUCUUUAUUUCACAACACAAUGCCCAGUGUUACAUUCCCCUAGCUAUCUCACGUCUUCCAGCGCCCUUGAGCAUAUGGCCGCAUCGGAACCCUCCAUUGUGACCCACGGCUCUGUCGCUCCUGGCACUAUGCCUGCCCUCACUGAUCUUCCACGUCUUUCCAGACUGGCAAAGAUAGUCCCACUACUCUCCCAGGGGCAUUCCUUUGCCACCGUGGAGCCGUCAAUCCUGCCUGCUCUUAGUGGGUGGUGCACACCAUACUUCGACUGGAUCGAUUGGAAUACUUCUGAUGAAGCCAACACGCUUCGCGACACUGAUCUCCUAAAUCAGGCCACUCCUGCACAGCUUGCAAAGCUUCUCACCGUAAUAAUACGCCAGGAACGCUUCGUUGAUGGCACGAUUGAAACAGCCUACGAAUCCAAACUGCUCGCCCGCAUUGCCCAACGCGCAGCGACAAUCCUUCAGCCAUCCUAG